AUGUGGGCAUUUCAAGGGCAUCAGAUCGUUCAGUCACCUGGCAAGCACUCAGAUCAAGUGUCUUCGGACGACAGCCUUUCGCCGAGCAGGAAUACUCUCUCACGACGGCCAUCAUUCGGAGAGGUGGAGAAUGCCCACGACCACGGCACGCAGUUCAAACAUCACUCCUGGCCUACCUCAGACUCUGCAUCAACGCUGACUGCAGAUACUGCUUCACACCACAUCGCACAAGAAGAGAAGGACUCAGAGGCUGCCGUCCCAUCUAGACCGAAGCCUGCUCGUUUCUGGAGUGAUCGGCUGAAGACAACCAGGCAGACAGUCUUCCGCAAGUAUGCAGUCACUCUACUCGUCCUUUGCAUAUUCGUCCUAGGCGUCCUGUCGAUUUACUGGGGAGCGCUGUUCAGGAUCAAGGACAAUCUCCAUAAUGCUACGAUUGCAGUCGUUGACUUCGACGGACGAGUCUCGCCAUACAAGAACACUGAAGCUAUCGUGGGACCAUUUGUUGCAGAUGCUGUCCGCCGUGCCGCUGGACUACCACGAGCUCUAGGCUACAAGUUCCAUCAGCCCGCCGAAUACGACAAUGAUCCUGCCGCCGUCCGUCGUGCCGUUCACCAUGAUGACAUUUGGGGCGCUAUUAUCAUCAACGCCAACGCCACUGCCCUCCUACGAGCGCCGGGCGCCUGUCAGCUUAUUUACAACCAGGCUCGCGAUGUGGAGGCGGAGAAUCAGUACAUAAUCCCCACCCUCCUAUCACUUGCUUCAUCGAUCACGACCUCGUUCGGUGGCCUCUGGACCGAGCUCGUUCUGACCAAUACGUCGCUAUCUGCUAGCACUUAUGCCAACUCUCCACAAGCUCUCUCUCCUGGCAUCGACUUCACUGUCAUCGAUAUCCGGCCCUUCGACCCACCGGUGGCCAUUCCUGCUGUCAGCAUUGGUCUAAUCUACUUGAUCAUCAUCGCGUUCUUCAGCUUCAGCUUCUUCAUGCCGAUCCAUGGCUUGUUCCUCAACCCAACGCAACCGACCCCUCACCCUCCGAUCAAGUUUACGCAUCUGAUCUGCUGGAGGUAUUUCGCUACCAUUGUGGCAUACUUCUUCCUGAGUCUUGCGUACUCGCUUGUCAGCUUGGCCUUCCAGAUCCCCUUUUCGAAUCAGCCCGCUGAUGGAACGACGCGCUUCCCAACGGACGCAUCUGUUUCAAACGCCAACCUGAUUGCUCUUGGUCUCCCGCUUGAGAUCGCCGCCAUGCUCUUACCAAACCAGCAGCCGUGGACAUCGCUCUUCCUGAUCUUCUGGGUCAUCACGAAUGUGUCAACGGGAUUCUACGCCCUCGAGCUGGCGCCGAGCUUCUACAGAUGGGGCUAUGGCUGGCCACUCCGACAGAUCGUGUUUGGAAGUAGAAGUCUGUUGUUCGGAACUCGACAGGAGCUGGGGCUGAAUUUUGGAGUGCUCUUUGCUUGGGUGGUUGUUGCCAGCUUGAUCUGGGUGCCAAGCUGCUUCAUCCUUAGGAGGAGAAUGAUGAAGCAGAAGGCAGGCGGUGCAGGAGGUGGAGGAAGUGCAAGGUGGCAUGAGGUGAAGGAUAAGUUCGAGGACAUCCUGACUUCUGCUGGCAAUGGCCUGACCAGACGAGCCAACAACAAGCCCAAAGAGCAUUCGCGAGAGAUGUCAAGCCAGGACAGGCGAGCAGAAGUGGCUACGAAAGUGCGUCAAUUUAGAGCAUUUCGGGAAUGGGAAUCGCAGCAGAGUCGGAAGGGUGUCGUUGAAGCGAAGACGGAUGUUGGGCACUGA